AUGCAAAAAGGAGAAUAACCUAAAACCACAGGCUGUUUGUGUUUCAGUAGAUAGAAUAAGUCUGAAUUUCCAAAAACCUUUAAGAAAUCAAAUAAAAUACUCAAGAAAUACACUAAGAACAAUUCUGAUAUUUCAGACGAAGCCAUUUUGGAAGUCAUGAUUCGUCUAUACAUUUCAGAUAAUAAAACAAAGGCCAUAGAGAUGCUCCAACGAUGUCGUAUCAACCCCAAUUUUUAAAUGAAUCUUAUACGAACUGAUCUGGAGUAUUAUAUCCCGCAGCUUAUUAAUUUUAUGGUUUUCCAUCAACAAUUAUAGGAUGAUCGGUUGAUCGAAUUCAUCAUUAAAGCCUCCUCAAUUGAUUUCUUUUUUGCUCAUCUUGUUUAUUUUUAGCUGAUAAGCCUUUCAAAAAUUAUAUCUCCCAAUUACAAGGUUGAAUUCAAGAUUGUUUAACAGUUUGUUAAGGAAUUUGAGGAUAAAAUGACAACGAAUUAUCAAGGUAAUCUAUUGAUAGCAACAUAAUUGUUAAAGAUUCAUUUGGAAGAUUCAUUCAAAGAUGAUGUCUUAGUCAAAUCAAUCAUGUUGUCGAACAAAAAGGAUAAGCAAGAACAAGCAGUUUAUUAAGGGUCGAUAAGAAUUAAAUCUUGGAAACAGAAUGAAAUUGUUUAAAUUUAUGGAACUGAAGAUUGGACAGAUUACAUCAAGGAGAAAAACCUUUAGGAUUGUUUGGUAACCAAGCAUGAGGAAAUAGAACUAUAAGAUUAUGUUUCCAUCUUUUAGAAUAAGGAAGACAAUAAUUUAUAGGAGGAUCUUGCAUUUUAAUCAAAUAUCAAUUUUUGGAAUGACAUUACUAAAAUUUCGGAAGAGCUUUCAAAACAUCAGAAAAAAACUGAGUAAUUGCAUCGGUUCUUAAAUAAAAUCAACCAAAAUUUACCAGCUGCUGUGUAUGUUCCCUUCGUUAAGAAUUCCAUCAGAAAUUACGCUAUUCUAAAUGUUGUUUCGAAAGAAAGUCGGGUAUUUUCUACCAAAAUUCGAAGUCCUUUUAGUUUGACUUUAGAAAUAUUUAGACCAGAAGUAGAAGGUCAUUAUAACGAAUAACAACUGCUAGAUACCCAAAUUUCUAAACCCAUCAAGAUUAAUAUGAUCAAAUCCAAAUCAAUUACAUAAAGUCAAAUUGUUAUGCAAAAUCAAAGCAAUAAUAAUAUUUAAUUACAAAGAACAUUUUCUAUUGCAGAUGCUGAAAUGUCAUUCCACAACGAAUUUCAAACAAUGAAAUAGAACGAGACAAAAAUAGAUGGCUCAUAUGAAAAUAAUAAUGGAAUUGGACAAUUCUAUAGAAAUAGACUAGAGAGCAAUAAAAAUGAAUCAGAUACAGAUGAAAUGGUCGAUUAAUAAUAAAUUAAACCCCCUAAUUAAUAAUUGGCCUUUAGUUUGGAAGAUCAAUAUUCUCAAUCCUAAAAUCAAUUGCAGAAUUCUAAGAUGGAUCAAAGCACUCUAAACUCUAGAGUAAGCUAUCUUUAGAAUGGGAAGGGUGUAGUUUUGACAGAGGGUGAGUAUUUAGAAAUCAAAAAAACAAUCUUCGGAGAGAAUUCAACUUCAUAAUAAGAAAGGAUAAGGAAAUCAUCUCCAUUUUAAAAAUUGAAAUCCUGGGAGUUAGUUCAUCUAAUUAUAAAGACUGGAGAUAAUUUGAAACAAGAACAAUUUGCAUUACAAUUAAUCUGUUAGUUUGAUUAAAUAUUCAAAAAAGAAGGCUUACCUUUAUAAUUAAGAUAUUAUGAAGUUUUAUCUUUGGGACCAGAUUGUGGAAUGAUUGAAAUGAUAAAAAAUGCUACUACAAUUGAUAGUUUACAAAAAAAUUUAUAAACCAAAUAUACCUAAUUCUCGGAUUUUUCAGACUUUUUUAGAUCUUUUUUUAGAGAUAAUAUCGAAUAAGCAUUAUAGAAUUAUGUCCAAUCACUUGUUGCCUACGGUCUAGUGUGCUAUUUUUUAUAAGUCAAAGAUAGACAUAAUGGCAAUAUAUUAUUGGAUGAUUAAGGUCAUUUAAUUCAUAUAGAUUUUGGGUUCUUUUUAUCGAUAGCACCAGGUAAAGGCAUGGAGUUUGAAGGAAAAGUCCCUUUUAAAUUAUUAUCAGACUACAUUAAAGUUUUGGGUGGAGUAAAAGGGUACUUGUUUUAGGAUCACUUUAGAAAACUAUUCUAUAAAGGCUUCAAAGCUUGUUAGAAACACUAAAAGGAAAUCUUAUUAUUGGUUGAAAUGAUGUACACAGGCCAUGGAACCACUUUGCCUUGUUUCUCAAAAGGAGAAUUAGCGUUGAAAGAAUUAGAAGACAGAUUUAACCCAGGAGUUACUUCUGAUGCUGAAUUAUUUGUAUAUGUCUAAGGAUUAAUCAAUAAGUCUCUAGAUAAUUGGAGAGCUAGAUGGUACGAUAAAUUUUAAUAUUUUGCUUAAGGAAUAUUUUAUUGA